AUGAAAACGGAAAAGAGUAAGGCCAAUGAGUCGAGUUGUAUUUCGAGCACCGUCGUCAAGGAGGAGCCUGACGGUGAUGCGGUUAAGAUCAAAGAGGAAGCGCCCGGUGGAAAUCACGACGACGUCCCUGUCAGUGAUGACACCACCGAGUGUCCUCGUGAUCCGGGACUGGACUCUGCUAAUGGGGAUAAUAAUAUGCCCGCGGAUGCCCAAAACGGCAACGGAGGACAGUCUAUGAUCGGGCUGGUUAAGCAGGAGAGUGAUCAUAAUCCCAGUGAUGAUAUUUCCAGUGAUGGUAUCCAACCGUUGGUUAGCAAUGUACUUGCUAAGCAAAUGGGCAGUGGAACUGGUGGUGAGGCCCAGUAUAUGCAGCAGCAGAGCCAAAUAUUUGUUUUUUCGACGAGACAUCCAAAUAAAGUAACCCCGUUUCGGCAAAAUCCUGCCCAAUGGUUGAACAAUUUGGCGGUAAUGAAGCAAAAAAGUGGUGGUGGUCACCCGCCACCACCAAACAGCGGCUUCCCGACGGAACAACCGCCAGAUUUGCCAGUACUCGACCCUAACGCUCCGUCGUUUUGGAAUGACCAGUCCAAUUUAAGAAGCCUGAAUGGUAGCAAUACUAUGGGUAACCCCGAGUCUUCGUUGGACGAUACAAAUUUAGACGUGCCUUGCCUUGUGCCGAAUUCCCCAGGAAAUCCGGCGAAUAAUCAAAAUCCUAAUUCAACGAUAGGUCCUAACUCACUACUGGGUGGAUCAACAAGUCCAGGUCCAGGCGGACUCCAGCCGUCGUUACAAGGUGUAAAGGUUCCUGAUGAAAAUUUAACGCCACAGCAAAGACAGCACCGAGAAAAUUCCCUCGCGACGAUAAGGAAAAUGCAGAUGAUGUUUUUUGCUGAGCAACAAAAAGACGAUCCGAAUGCCCAGAUGGAUCCAUCACAACCGGGACCGCCGAUGCCUCCUGGAGGUAUUCCUGGAAAUAUGCCGCCUGUUAGUACACCUGGAGGUCCCGGUCCAAAUAACAUCGACUGGAACGUAAAUAAAUUCCAGCAAUCAUUUUUAGACGGAAAAAAUAAAGUAAGUAUAUAUAUAUAUGAAAAAUAUAUGAAAAUGCAUGUGGGUACUCAAAUGAAAGCUCUUGAUGAGUGUGACAUCGGGAUGAGCUUAUAUCUUUAAAAACAUCAAAAGUUAAAAAAGUACAGUGCAAUUUAACAAAAGUCAUUAUUUAAUAAAGCAAAAUUUUAUUUAUUCAUCUUUUACAAGAUACGGAAGUCACACAGUGACUGCAAGCUUGCUAGUAAUUUUUAAAUUCAUAAAAUUAUUUUUUUUUAGGGUGGAAUAGGAAGUCCCGGAUCAGUAUCACUGCGUGGAUCGGGUAUGAUGGCCGGUAUGCCGCGGAGUCAAGGACCUCCGCCGCCCUACCACCAGACAACGCGGUCAGCCAGUGUGCCAAUCGCAACUCAAAGUCCAAACCCGUCCUCGCCGAACAAUCCGACGAGUAACCUGUCGUUGCCAUCACCGCGAGCGAACUCGGCGCUCAAUUCUCCUGCUGACUGCAAUCGGCAGUUUCAGCUGACGUCUCAGCGGCCCGGACACUUGCCAGGGCAGAGUCCGACUAGUCAGGAUUCACCGAACCCCGGUUCGCAGUCCGCUACGUCUACCACGAGAUUAAAUCAUAGUAAUCCUGGGACUCCGGUCUCACACUCACAUUUAACAUCACUCAGUCCCAGUAAUACACCACAAAAAGAGUCUUCUCUUGAAUUUCCUUCUAAUCAACCCAAUGUGGAUAAUAUGUUUGGCCGGACGCUGCAAUCACUAGCUCAACAAAAGCAACAGCACGGUGGUAUGGUGAAUGCAGCUGGCGUUAAAGAAGCAAGCUUAAUGCCUGUACCAAGCCCUCAGCAGAUAACAUAUGUUAAUUCAUUUGAAGGACAAGAACUGACCAUCCAAAAACAGCCUAACACUAGUUUAAAGGACGGUCAUCUUCAAAAUAACAACAACGUGAACAACACAGACAUGUCUGGAAGACUAGUAUCCGGAAAUAUGGACAACAAUAACCAGUAUCCAGCAAGAUCCGAGGGUUCAAGUCCGUCGAUGGACAGCAUGAACCGCGGCUUCGGUGCUUCCUUACACAGUCCUCACACGCCACACACGCCUCACACUCCAGGUAACGGCGCGCCUCAGACUCCAGUGGACGUGAAACCCAACAAAUCUUCCGCUAGCGCACAAAGCAGCCCAGUGCCGAUGAACCCCAUGUCAGACAGCAUGGGACCUCCCAGAACGGUACCUGCCUCGCCUAAUACUAAGCCUGAAACAUCACCGCCUUCCAAGGAGCUUCAGCCGCCUCCGCAGCAGUCGCAACCUCAAGUACAACCUCCGCCACAGCAACAACAGCAACAACAGCAACAACAACAACAACAACAACAGCAGCAACAACAGCAGCAACAACAACAACAACAACAACAACAACAACAACAACAACAACAACAACAACAACAACAACAACAACAGCAGCAGCAACAAAUGCCGCCCCAACAAAUGCAACAACCUCCAACGCAGCAGCAGCCUCCAGGAAUGAACCCACAAAACAACCAAACGAAUAACUCCGGACCACCAAUGGGUAACCAAAUGGCCCCCUUUCCCUGUAGUAGAGCCAACCAGCCGGACAAUCAGCCUCUGGAUCCAAACAACAUGAGAGGUCGUCUCGGUGGCAUGUCUAUGAACCACAGUGGUCCGUUCAUGAACAUGGGAGGUGAUCCAAUCACCUCGCUAGCACAAAUGAGUCAACAGCUGUCCAGCACCGUGGCGAGCAACACGGUGGGCAACGACGGCGGGCCAAUGCAUUCCGGCAACCCCGGGAUGAUGCCUUUCAACAAUCCGCACAACAUGCACAUGAUGCAAAUGAGCGGCGGAGAAAUGAACGGCGGCUGUCAUAUGGGUGGCGGAGUAAAUGAACCCAACGACGUCAGUGGAAUGUGUAUGGGUCUAGGAGGGCCUCCUGGAGGUAGCUACAGUCCGACAACAUCUCACACAGGCAGUCCAGUUGGGCCUAACAAAAUAUCCCACUCCAUGAUGAGUCACGGUGGAAUGAUGGGCCACAAUGGCCCUCCAGGUCCGGGAGGUGGGUACGGUGGUGAUCAUGCGCCUCCUCCCAGACUGAUGGGGCAGCACAUGGGUGGUCCCAGUCCUUACAACGGAGCUAAUAUCCAGGUGAAACCCAGCGCUCCAAACACAAUACAGUACUUACCCGCGAGGCCGAAUGUCGGACAUCCUCCCCGUGGGCCUCCGAGUCUUGACUUUCUUCCGCGUUUUGGCAACUCCAUGGGCAACAUGGAGAACAAAAUGCAGCAGUCGCCGUCAGUUAAUCUCCAGUACUUCCCGAACGGGUGCAUGCCCAACAACAUGGGUGGAGGACCGCCGCAACCUCCUCAGCACUCUGUAGGCAUGCCACCGGGUAGUAUGGGCGGUGGGCUUCCUGGUAUGGGACCCGGGGGAGGCUUAGGUCCUCCAAGAAUGGACGGUGGCCAGCAAAUGAAUCCCAACAUGCAUCCGUCUAUGAGGCCGUCUGUCGGCAAUAUGCGUCCUCAGCCGAACAUGAUGCGCAUGCAGCAGCACAUGGUUGGUGGUGGUGUCUUCCCCGGCAGUCCGAUGGAUCCUGACAAAGUCUUCCCGCCGGAUAUGGUGCCGCAAAACCAGGUUCCUAAUCAGAAUCAGAUGUAUGGACCUGCUGGAAAAGGUCCUAUGGGAUUAGGACCUCCUCCAGAUGCCUCCCAGCCGCUUCCUCCCAGUAUGGGUGGCGGAACGGGGAACUUCAAGAACAGCCCUUUCGUCGGCGGUGGACCCACUAUGAAUGAUCCUAAUUACGCCCAACAAUUUCACAACUUCCAGCAGCAAUUGUACGCGACUGGAACGAGAGGCAGUGGCCCGCCUCAUCCCAGUCUUCAUCCACCGCCAAACUCCCACGCGCAUCAACAGUUCUUCAUGCCUAAAUAA